AUGGCUUCGAGUAGAAAACAUGUUGUAUUUGACGUCGUAGGAACUUGCGUGUCCUACGAUACCAUAUUUGAUGCGCUUGAUACGAGGCUUGGUGACCGACUACGAGCCGAAUGCAUUAAGCCUAAACUUCUGGGAUACACGUGGUUCGAGGCUGCCGAGAGGGAGUACACAUAUCUAAGCAUCUCGGGGAGGUACAAGCGUUUCUAUGACGUGUUUAGCAGCUUAUUCUACCGCAUGCUUUGGAUGGCCGGCAUCGAGGAGCCGCGCAGGUUCGCGACCGACGAGGAUCUGAACUACAUUCUCGAACAAUUCAUGAAGCUCGACGCUCGGCCUGGCGUCGCCGAGUGCUUCCAAAUCCUACGCGACGCGGGCUUUACCUGCUGGGCGUUUACCGCAGGCGACACGAAGCGUGUUAGUGGAUAUUUUACACGCAACGGCAUCGAUAUGCCCGCUGAGAAUUUCUUGUCGUGCGAUAGUCUUGGUAUCGGAAAGCCGGCGCCGGAGUCUUAUCAACCUCUCCUCAAACAGUUUGGGGCUGACGAGUCAUGGUUUGCCGCAGCGCACAUGUGGGAUGUGUCGGCAGCAAAGAGCACCGGGUUUAAAGGUGCUUACUGUACAGUUUGGGAGAAGGAGCCGUGCACUGAUCUGUUUGGUGAGAUGGAUGUGAUGGCGGAUAGCUUCCCCGACAUGGCUCGCAAGAUAAUUCAUGCCUCCGAGACAAAGAAUCGCUCCCCAGUGGCUAAUCCAGUAACAUCUUUCUGGACAGUACCGCCAUGCGACCUUGAUGACCAUCGCAGCACGCGGGAUCUCCCUAGUGUAAGCGACGUGGUGAUUAUCGGGGCUGGAUUUGCAGGGGUCGCCAUAGCAUACCAUUUACUCAAAGACAACCCAAACCCGCCAUCUAUUACCAUGCUAGAAGCCAGGAAGGUCUGCUCCGGGGCGUCGGGUCGAAACGGUGGUCAUGUGAAGCCUGACACAUAUUUCAACGUGCCGAAGUACACCAGGCUAUAUGGUGAGAAGGCGGCAGCAGAGCUGGCCGCUUUUGAAGCCUCGCAUCCAUACGCAGUGAAAGCCCUCGUAGAGAGCGAAGGAUUGGAUUGUGAUUUUCACCUCACGCGCGCUGUGGAUGUGUUCCUGGACCCCGAGCACGCGAGAGUCACCGAGGAAGCCUAUAGAAAACUUGUGAAAGACGGUGUGGUGGAUCUUAAGGAUGUAGCCUUCACCCCUCAGAAAGACGCCGAAAGGGUAUCGGGGAUUAAGGGGGCCCAAUGCUGCUUCUCCUUUACAGCAGCGCAUCUUUGGCCUCUGAAGAUGGUCCAGCAAUUAGUUCAGGGACUACUCGAGAAAGGUGUAAAUUUGCAGGCCAACACACCUGUGAAGUCGGUGUCAUCGACCAAAAACGCCCGAGGACUUUGGACCGUCGAUACAGAGCGUGGAUCGAUUGCUGCUCGAAAAGUAGUAUACGCCACAAAUGGCUACACGGCACAGGUUUUGCCCGAAUACACGGAUCGCAUCGUCCCCGUUCGCGGUAUCUGCAGUCGUAUCGUCACCCCCCAAGGUCCGAACAGUCCGCAUUUGGUAAACACUUACGGGAUUCGAUUUGACUCAAGUAAUAACGAUUACCUUAUUCCACGCGCGGACGGGAGCAUCAUUGUCGGUGGCGCUAGGCAGAGGUUUUGGCACAUGAGAGAACAGUGGUUUGACAAUGUUCGAGAUGAUGAACUUGUUGCUGACGCAGUUUCGUACUUUGACGGCUACAUGCAACGUCAUUUCCGGGGAUGGGAGGCUAGCGGCGCCAAGACAGAUCAUGUCUGGACUGGAAUUAUGGGCUACAGCUCGGACUUUCUGCCCCAUUUAGGCGAAGUUCCUAAGAAGCCCGGCCAGUAUAUCAUCGCUGGGUUCUCGGGCCACGGCAUGCCAGAGAUCUUGCUUUCAAGCAAGGGUGUAGCCGCUAUGGUGCGAGAUGGGAUAUCCUUUGAGGAGUCAGGACUACCCAGCAUAUUCAAGACAUCGACGGAGCGAAUCACAAAUCCCAAAAGUCCUUUAGAGGAAUCGCUACAACCAUUAUGGAACAUCAAUAACAAAGCAAAGCUCUAG